AGCGUAACCGGGGCCGACCUGAUGCGCAAAGGUGUGACACCCCCCAACCCCACACCCCCCGCAGGGUUUGGGGACCCCUCGCUCUUCACCGAUGGCAUCACCAACAAGCUCGUGGCUUGCUACACCGACGAGGGCAUGGCGGACGCGGUGCUGGUCCGUGUCUACGGCAGGAAGACGGAGCUGUUCGUGGACCGGGAGACGGAGCUGAGGAACUUCCAGGUGCUGCGCGCCCACGGCUGCGCCCCUGACCUCUACUGCGCCUUCCAGAACGGGACCUGCUACCAGUUCCUGCCGGGCAUCGCGCUGGGGCCCGACCACGUGCGGGACCCCCACAUCUUCAGGUUGGUGGCCCAGGAGAUGGCCCGGGUACACGCCAUCCACGCCAACGGGAGCCUCCCCAAGCCCAUCCUCUGGCAGAAGCUGCACAAAUACCUCGCCCUCGUGAAGACGGAUCUCAGCCCAAAGGUAUCCAACCCCAGCCUCCAGCAGGACAUGCCCAGCCUGGAGAUGCUUGAGCACGAGCUGGCCUGGAUGAAGGACACGCUCUCCCAGCUGGGGUCCCCCGUCGUGCUUUGCCACAACGACCUGCUCUGCAAGAACAUCAUCUACAACAGGACACAAGAGCACGUUCGCUUCAUAGACUACGAGUACACCGGGUACAACUACCAGGCGUUUGACAUUGGAAACCACUUUAAUGAGUUUGCGGGCGUGAAGGAGGUGGAUUACCGCCUCUACCCCGGCAAGGAGACCCAGCUGCAGUGGCUGCGCUCCUACCUGCAGGCCUACAAGCAGCUCACCCAGGGGGACCGAGGAGGCACGGGGGUGUCCGAGGAGGAGCUGGAGGCUCUCUACGUGCAAGUGAACAAGUUUUCUUUGGCAUCCCAUUUCCUCUGGGCAUGCUGGGGCCUGAUCCAGGAUAAAUACUCUACCAUAGAUUUUAACUUCUUAAGAUAUGCAAAGCUAAGGUUUAAACAGUACUUCAAGAUGAAGCCGGUGGUCACAGCCCUGCAGAUCUCUAAAUAGCAUCGCUGGCCUGUGAGACCCCGAGCUAUUUUUGUCCUCGCUGCGUCCACAGCCCUCGCGUCUCCCUCUCCCCUUCCCCACCCCAGCUGGGGGACGAGGGCAGGUCCUGAGGGUG